AUGAAAGUAUCCGGCCUCUGGAUGAGGCACGUGGCACUCGGGCUGCUGUGUCUCUUGCUCCUGUCUGCAUUCCAAUCAGCCUCUGCUCUGCCGGGCAAAGGUAGAGGGAUUAGCAGUUACCGCUCUGGCAGCGGUAAAGGGAGCCAUGGAGUAGGAGUUCUCCUUUCUGGCCAUGAUAGCAAGAAGAACAAUGGCAAAUCCGACGAUAAAAAACACGGUCUCGGCGGACUCUUUGGCCACGAUGACAAGAAGAACAAUGGCAAACACGACGAUAAAAAACAUGGUCUCGGCGGUCUGCUUAGCCAUGAUGACAAGAAGACCAAUGGCAAUGGCAAACCUGGUGAUAAGAACCCUGGCAAAGGCUCAAAACACGGCAAGGAUAAAUGUAAAACUUCCAAGGGUGGUUCUUCCCGGGGCCGAAAGCCUUCUCGGCGAGAUAUCACAGCCCGAGAUCUUCUCCUGCGCGCUAGAGGUCCCCCGGUUCCCCAGGAUGGCAUGCAAAAUGCUCCGCAUGGCCAAACGCUUCAUACCGUGAAACUUCGAACGUGUAUCGGCAUUGCUAUCACCGGAGAUGGGGGCAUUUUACCGCACUGGAUGUUGCACAUAUCUGCCACCAAGUUUCAGGCUAAUGAGCAAAUCUCGAAGUUGAAGAGGGAUUGGUCCUUCAUGGGUCCUAAGAAGGAUGUGAAAAUCUACCUCAGCUCCCCGCAUCCUGAUCCUUGCGAAUCGGAUCCCGGCGCCAGAGACCUAAUCCCGCAGAGUCAAGAGAUCGCUGAACUUAUUGAGCGUGAGCUGAAAGACCUCACCGGUGGCACCGUUCGUGUGAUCCAUCGUCCAGCCCGCGAUAAUCCUACGGUAGAUGAAGGGACUAUGGAGCUUGACGGAGAUGGCACAGUGUAUGUGGAAGGCAACAGAGUGAAUUAG